GCCGUUCUCCUUGCUGCAGUAUAUUAUCAACACUCUGCAUCUAUGGAACUGGACUGGGGAUGCUGAACCGCAUCAAGGGAACAAGAUUGAUUCAAAUGUUAUCCUGUUGAAUACGUCCAUAUUCUCAAUUUAUGGGCAAUCAAGGUGGAACUUUUAGAGAAAGUAGGUGAAUCAAGUGUCUGGGGCGCAAAACUUUUUUUUCUUCUGACGGGGCAAAUUGACCUGAUCCCGCUGCAACCAGCUCGCCGAGGAGAGAAGAGCGCUCGCCUUUCUCCCAGCCCAGUGGAUUGUAGCAAAUUCUAUUGUGAUGCUAAAAUGAAGUCGUAAGAGGGAGAGGGCUGACCAACGAUCAGAAGUGAAGCUAUCCACGGGAUUUCUGCAAAAUCCAUUUGAAGUUAACAUGUUUUUUUCGUUUGUUCCAUCCAUUUAAUGUUAUGUUUGUGGAGCGUUUCAUUUUCACCACUUGUUGUUGACUGUUGGAACGAAGUAAAAUUGUUUCAGCAGACAGCCUGCGGCGAGAGAGAGAAGGCAAACCAUGUUUCAUUCGCUGACUAAGAUUCGGUAGUGUUAGGAAAUGAUUUAGUCUGUCUGAUAGGAGUGGACAUGCCCCUGUCGGUAUGCGCUGCAGAAUACUUUAAUAAGAAAAGGAAAAUAUAACAAAUCAUUUAUUCAAUCUUUUCGAAAUAAUUUCCCCUCUGCUGUGGGUCUGGUGGACUGAAUAGGACCCGAGCCACCAGGACCAGGCUUCCUCGGCAGUGCUAGUGAUUAUGGAUAGCAGUCUCCCCAGCUACAGUACAGUCAUACACCGAGGAAAGACGCUGUUUCUGGAGGCUCGACUCCUGGGUGGGGCGCCCUGGGGGUUUCAGCUCAAAGGAGGUCUUGAACAUGGAGAAGAGUUGAUCGUUUCGAAGGUUGAGGGAGGUGGGAAGGCGGACCUGUUGGAACACCCCCUGUUGCCAGGUGACCAGGUGGUUGUCAUUAACGACGUGGAGCUCAGUGGAUUCAGGCAGGAAGCCAUCUCAUUGGUCAAAGGAUCCUACAAGACUCUUCGACUCACUGUUCGCAGGGAGUCCUUCCCAGGCCCCUGCUGUGAUGAACCCACCCCUCUGACACUACCUUCCAUCGCCCCUCCCUUGGACCACCUCGCCCCCCCCUCCAGCCACGGACCCCCGAAGGAGACCCGUGGAGGAUGUUCUGGUGGAGUUAAACUACGCAUCAAGAACAGACGCAGCGAGCCCGUCUCCAGACCACACUCGUGGCACUCCACCAAACUAGGCGAGGGCCAGCCAGACCCCAGCAUGGUGCAGAUAUCCCAGGGCACCAUAGACCCUCCUUGGCAUCACACAUUCAACUCCAGUGCGUCCACUACAGACCUGUCAGGUUACGACCCAGGUUACCUGAGGAAGAGUCCAGACCAGUACAGUUCUAGAGGAAGUAUGGAGAGCCUUGGGGAGCACCACGGCCACCCAGCCUACAGCUCUUCCUGCCACCAGCUGUCUGCCUCCAAGUCCUCCAACAGCAUGGACCACCUUCACAGCAAAAGGGACUCAGCCUACUCCUCCUUCUCUACCAGCUCUAGUAUCCCAGAGUACCUAGCGGCCACUCCGACCUUUAGUAAGGAAAGGUCAUACUCCAUGGAGACGGUUCCACAGAGGGGUGGGGUUAGCGGAGGAGGGGGAGGGGCCGUGGCGGAGGGCAUGCAGCAUGCUGACAUCCGAUACAUCCGUACGGUCUACGACCCCCAGCAGGGAGGUGCCCAAGAGCACGAGGUCAGCUCCGCUGCGUUGCUACGCAACCACGAGGCCGGCAGGGCGGGUUCUCAUAGUGGGGGCAAGGCCUCCUGUCACCGCGGCAGUAGUAGCUGUAGUAACAGCAGUGGCGGAAGCAACGACGGUAAUAACCCCAAACGACACAGCGUUGGGCCAAUCUGGGGUCAGUCUCAAUCCGCCAGCCGCAGUCCCUAUGAAAGCCUGAAGGGGGCGCCAGCUCCUCCCAUGCGGAGUGACAGCUACGCGGCGAUCAGGCACCACGAGAGGCCCAAUUCCUGGUCCAGCCUGGAGCAGACUCGCUCCCUCAGGGCUCUCCACAAGGGGUCCACCUCCUCCUGGUACCACUCCUCUGGCUCCGUGGCCUCCGGCUCGGGGAAGGGCUCCUACGGGGCCGAGGGCCAGCUCCACACCGUCAUAGAGAAGAGUCCUGAGAGCAGCCCCACCAUCAAGCCCAAACAGGGCGUGGGUCAAGUCCCCCAUCCCCCUCAGCCCCAGAAUACAUCUGGCCGCCUCAUGUCGCCCCAGGGCAUCUACCCCGUGCCCCCUUCGGAGACCCACUAUGCACAGAUGCCCACCAGCAGCCCCAGCCCCAGCAGUGUGUACCCAGGCCUGGCCAGGGAGAGCAGUCUGAGCAGACAGAGAGAGCUCCAGGGGUUAGGGGUGGGGGUCAGUGUGGAUACAGGGAUCGAGGUAUAUGUAGAGAACGGAUACCAAAGCAACACUUUCAACUCUUAUGUCACCUGUUCCAACCAGCCUCAGCAUCAUGACUUAGCUCCGCCUCCAACCAAACAGCCAGCCCAGCCUGUUAACAGAGGGGGUGACAGAGGACAUGAGGAGACCCAAACCAAACUGGGUCUCUCCGGGUCUCAUUUGAAAGGGGAGGGACAAACCGUCUCCCGAAGGCAGAGCCAGCAGGGUCAUGGACAGGGUCAGGUGUACAGACCCUCCUCAGCCCAGUCCAUAGGCCAGGAGAGGAGGGACCCAUACACUCCAGUCCAGCCGCGGAGAGAGAGGCUACCCAGGUAUUCCCAGGGCUCAGAGAGUUACACUGAGAAGCAUCAGGUCAGACACACUGAACACAGCCAUCCAGACCCUCAGCCUCCCACUACCAUGCCCACUAAGAUAUCCAAGGUCCAUGUUCCUCAGCGGAUCAGGACUAGCAGUACCCCAGCCAAAGGGCCUGAUCAUCGGGUCAACAACCAGAGGUCCAGGUCCCCCAUCCGGCACUACAGCGACCCCAGUCCAUCCCACCACCAGAAGAACCAGAGGGGACCAGAGCACCCCCUGACCCGACUAGAGAAUGCCCUAGCGGAGGUUCAGCAUUGUGCCAGUCCAGAGAGCUCCACUAGGAGUCGGAGCAGCCACCAGAGGAACCCGUCUGUCCUGGAGAAGGUAAACCGGUUUGAGCGCCACGAGCAGAGGAAGCAGAGGAGUCAAAGCAUCAAUGCCACCCACACCAACCUGGCACCCUCCUCCUCCCGUCCAACUCAGCCCCAGCCUCAGCCCAAGCACCAUGAGAGGGCCAUGAGCUAUGGUACUGGUAUGGAUGACCUGCGUAACAUGCUGGAGAGAAGCAGCAGCCCCAGCAGCACCUGCAGAACACUGAGCUCCACCUCUAGCGCACAUCAUGGUAAAACUACGGUGGCCCACAAGGGUCAUCAUUACGCAGAGCAGCAGAGGCCAGCAAGUUAUGACCAAGCCAAGCCCCAGACCUCCAGGGACCCCCACCACCAGCUUAACCCCAUGGACCCUAACCCUGGCUCGGCCCUACAGAGGAGCAGGAGCACCUUCCAACUGGGGAGCCAGGAGGAGAACGGCCAUGACAGGGACAGAGAGUUCCAUUGGAGGGAUGACCUGCAGGACCUACUGGGGACCAUCCAGGACACGUCUUUUAACCGGGCCUACAGGGACAGUGUCAAGGACGCCCAGUCCAAGGUGCUCCGAUCCACCUCCUUCAGACGCAGGGACCUGGGAAUCAGCUCCAGCUCUAACCAGAGCUCCAACAACCCCCCCCCUGGUGUCAACAACAACCCCCUCCUGGUGUCAACAACAACCCCCUCCUGGUGUCAACAACAACCCCCUCUGUCCCCGCUAAGCACUUAUCCUUGGAGCAGAAGGCAGUGGCCCCCAAGACCGGUCCCAAAUCCUCCAUUGUCACCACCACUGCCCCAGCCACUCCCCUGUCCCCUCACACCCCCAAAAGAGAGGCACACGAUCACGACCCCAGACCCAGUCCCAGCCCCAACCACCUCUCCCUCCCCUCACACCCCCAAAGAGAGGCACACGAUCACCACUCCAGACCCAGUCCCAGCCCCAACCACCUCUCCCUCCCCUCACAUCCCCAAAGAGAGGCACGUUGUCACCCCCAAGCCCGAGAGGUUCAGCCCCCCAGAGCUCCCCAGUGUCCCAGCCUUGGGCCCACCAGUCCCGGCCCGAAUCGGUGGGCGUAAGAGGCUCACCAUGGAGCAGAAGAAGAGAUCAUACUCUGAGCCAGAGAGCAUGCACGAGGUGGGGUUAGAGUCUGACCCGAGGAGGAGUGCCCAGCACCAGCAGAUCCUGUUCCAAGGCACAGAGACCAGCGUGGCAGACCGCAGGAGGAUGUUUGAGGUGGCAACCAGUCGCAGCCUGAGCUCCAGCUCCCAGGCUCCUCAGGCCCUCCAGGGCUCCCGGGCUGGUCUAGCCGUCUCCCGGCCGGAGCUCUGGCAGCUGCAGCAGGAUGCCCUGGCCGACUACAUGGAGAGGAAGAGAGGCUGGAGGACAGACAGGGACAGGUCCGAGGAGAGACGGCAUCGUCACCGGCCCCACAGUGCCUACCUCCAGCCCUUCACAGACACCCAGAGUGUCUCUUCCACCUCCACCACCAGCCUAGCCUCUCUCCAGGAUCUGUUUGGCCCAGACAGCAGCCUGUCUGGUGAGGAAAGGCUCUGCUCCACCCUGCCUCCCGGUCUGCAGCUCCAGGACAGUAUCCACCCAGGCAGGGUGACCACACCACACAUCAUCCAUGCCCAGGCCCCCACCUCAGUCUCCACCUCCCACCAAUACCCCACUGGAUUUGGAUCCAACAGGCCUCUGGAGGGAGUCCCAGCCAAGGCCUACGAGGCUUUCCGGAGCCAGCGAGGCGAUGUGGCUUUUGAAAGAACGGCUCCAGCCCGCAGCUCUGGGAAGUCCGCCUCAGCGGAGGAUCUUCUAGAACACUCUGAGGAGAGGCCUGCACCACAGCACUUCAGAUCCCACUCCUCGCCCUCUGUAGAGAGGCUCAACCAGGACUUCAUGACAGGAGGAGAUCUGAGGAUGUUUCCGGACUUCUCUAAUGAACCCCGGCUGUUCACACACCAUGACAACAACAGGUCCAUGGACAAGCAGCGUUUAAAGCGUCCUGUCUCAGCCUCCCAGUCCCAGUAUGUACCCACCCACUACCUGCUGAAUCAGGGUCCUUCCCAAAGCAACACCCCUGUGAUGAGGAGAGAGAGGCAGAGGAACCCCGACCGCCAGCGGGCCCUUAGUGCCUCCGGCCUGGCUGCCUCUGUAGGUCUACCCUGCCCCUUCUCCUCCCCAGGCACCAGCCCCAACACUAGCCUUGACUGGCAGGUCAGCGAGAGCCAGGGAAACCUGGAUGCCAUCGCCUUCCCCUGCCUGUUGCAGGUUGACGCUCCCAGAGCCGUGUCCCCAGAGACCAGGCGGAGCACCACAGCACAUCAGGGCCAGAACCAAGAUCUGCAGACCAGGACCAGACUGGGCUCAUCAGACACCAGCACCUCAGAGGAGACCCUGAAAGACUUUCCCAUAGAGAGUUCCAUACCAAAGAACAUCCUACCCCUGGACAUACCUGAGACCUCUCUAACCCCACCUCCUCCUAAAACCUCUCCCAGACCACACCCCCUGCUCUCCCUCCGCAUCUCAGAGUCCAACCUGCAGGAGACCCCGCCCUUACACAUAGCCCCGCCCACACAGGUAGUCCCUCCAAUAGUCUCCUUACAGGACUAUGACGAGGUGUUCCUCCAGGAGCUGGCCCCUCCCUCCCCUCCUCCUCCCCCGCUCCCCAUCAGGGAGACGGACAUCACAGAGGACUUCCCACCUCCUCCUCCCCUCCUCCUCCUCCCCUCCUCCUCUUCACCCCCAGACAAAGAGGAGCAUCGUCCUGAGCUACAGCACUUCAACAGCUGUGAGUUCCUGGAGGCUGUGUGUCCAGAGAGAAGACCAUCCAUCUCCUCCCCUUCCCCUCAGACAGUCCCCCUCUCUAUCCCCCAGCCUGAGACUCCGACCCACCAGACCCCCAUCGACCCCAGCAGCAGUAUCCCAGAUCCCCAGCAGGGGCCUAGCGGUAAGGAAAGCCUGGGGUUAGAGUACCAUCUCCUGGCCAGGAGGGAGAGGUCUGCUGGGGAGCUGAAGGUGGAAGCCCUGGUCAGACAGCUGGUGUCCCGGGGGGAUAAGACCCUGAGCCCGAUGCUGGACACCUGGCCCGGGGGCGGACGGACCAGCACCAUGGACCUGAUGGAAGAGAUCUUCCCCGCUGGGGGAGGGAGGUUGCCGUGGCAACGCCGUAGGAGCAGCACCUGGCUGGAGGACAGAAGUCAAGAUGGCGUCUGUUCUACAGGACCUAGUCUGCUGCAGAAAACAGAGCCGGGAAGAGGAAUAGAUCUGGAUGAGGAAGAGGCAGACCUCAAUCAGAAAAAGGUGGAGCUACUCCAGGCUCUGACCCUUAGCGUUGCCUCACUCCGAGAGGAGAGAGAGGUUCUGGGUGAGGAGCAGAGGAGGUUCCGGGCCCUAGGGGGCCACAUGGAGAGUCUGGUCCAGGAGCGCUGUAAGCCCAACGAGAAGGAGAAGUACAGGAUGUUCAUCGGGGACCUGGAUAAGAUAGUCAACUUGUUGAUGUCUCUGUGUGGCCGGCUGGCCCGGGUCCAUAACGCUCUCUACGACCUGGACAGAGAGGAGGAGACAGAGGACAGCGCAGAGGAGAGGGAGUCCUUACAGCAGAAGCGCAGGCAGCUGUGUAGUCAGCACGAGGAUGCCAGGGAGCUGAAGGAGAAUCUGGAUCGUCGGGAGCGUGUGGUUCUGAACAUCCUGGGUGGGUACCUGACCGGGCCGCAGCUAAGAGACUACCAGCAUUACGUCUGUAUGAAACCUGCCCUCCUGAUCCGACAGAGACACCUGGACGAGCUCAUCAAGCAGGGGGACGAGCAGCUUGACAGGCUGAUAGAGAGUAUCUCUCCUGGGGACCACCAGGCCUUGCUCUGCUGCUCCUCCAACCCAGGGUUAGGCCCCAGGGGUCCCAGUCCUAACCUUGGUCCUACCCAUAAUGUCCGCUCCAUCACUGUAACAUCCCUGUGACUCCUGUAAAACCCCAACCAUAACAGUCCUGGUCACUACCACGAUACUCCAGCUGUGUCUCUGGCGCAAUGGGUGAAGACUACUACAUACAACACCAUAUGACUGGCGAAUGACACUGCAAAACAACAGAGGAAGAAGAGACGGAGACAGCAUCUCUCUUCCCAUGUAGUGAUGAACUGUAGAGAAAGGGACUUCAUGUGAAGGAUGUCACCUGUCUGUUCCCUUGUUUUGCGUACAGACAGACAAACUAUGAGAAGUGACCAUGAUGGAUAUGUUGUCGUGCCUCUUAUCAUAUUUCUACCUUCUUUGUUACUCCAGCUUCUUCACAUAUCUCUGUUGUGACUGCACCACUCUUUGGUUGAUUCAAUACACGGUUCAAGUGCCUAGUGUAAUUCAUACGAACAGAUUGACAGUUUUGAGUGUAACGGUAGUGGAUGUACAACUGCCUGUCAAGACAUUUUAUUCACAGUAUAUAUACUGUGAAUAUAUAUAUAUAUAUAUAUAUAUAUCUAUAUCUAUAUCUAUAUCUAUAUAUAUAUAUAUAUAUAUCAGUUGAAAUAUUACUACUGCCUUUACACAUCACUACAGCUGAGAACUUUGUUUUGGCAGAUUAACUACUGAUUGGUCAGAAUCACAGAUCUAGAAUGACUUGUAUAUCUCAUUCUGUUCCUAUUGGUCAGGAGGAACCAGACCUGAAAUAGGCCUGUUUUCUUUAGCAACACAACAGCACGCUCUGACACACAUGAAUAUGUAGCCACAAAAUCUAAGGCAUUUUUCAUUUUCAUUUUUUUACUUCAAAUACUUUAUAUUUCAGACUCAAAAAUGAUCGCUAAUGGAACAAAAAGCUACCAUGACACUGACAGCAAAUGCAAUAAUUAUUUAUAUUAUUUUAUUAUGUGGCUGUGCUUUUUAAUAUGUAGAUGGAGAAAAAAAAACAUGUUAUAUAUAUUUUUUCAACUGAAAAAAUGAUGGAAUGAGGCAAGUUGACAGUGGGCGUUCUAACUGACCUCUGGUCACAUGGUCUUCCUCUGAUACAAGGCGGGGUCCUUCAUGAUGACGAGGCUUCUAGGAAGUAAUCAGAUGUUACUCGGGAAUGUUGUUGCCCAGUAAGUACAUGCAUACUGUGGGUGGAGCUAUCUCAUUGGUGCCGUGGUAUCACUUCGUAGGGAUAUCUGGGUAAAAAAUAGAGAAGGUUGAAAUAUUGUAGGUUGGUACUGUCAGUUCAUGUGUGACAUGCCUACUAUUUAAACAUCGUCUGACAACUCCUGUGUGACUUGCUUGUUUCACUUCUCAAAAAAAAUGUACUAUGCCAAUUGAUAUUGUUGUAUCCUUUUGAGAGCACCUUUUAAACAUUUACAGACUACCCUAAUUUAUCCUAAUCAGACACAUAUUCAUAAAUAUCUAUCACCACUGUUGUCUACAUACAUCUGAAGAUGGCUGAUAUGUAAAUGUUUGUCCUAGCUAUCUCACUAAUGUAGUGUCCUAGCUAUCUCACUAAUGUAGUGUCCUAGCUAUCUCACUAAUGUAGUGUCCUAGCUAUCUCACUAAUGUAGUGUCCUAGCUAUC